AUGACGCGAAGCGCGCUGAACUUUGCAUUUCCCAGCAAUGCCUCGUCUCCAACACCGUUCACGAUCCAGGUGGAUCAAGGCUUUGUGGACGAAAGCAACCUGAAAGCCAGUCUAUACCGGCCCUCCAUUGACCUCCUCGACGACAGCAACAACAACUGGCUCGAAGGCCCCCCGAGCGCCAACAUGACAGCACUGGCUGACUACUGGGCCAACGAGUACGACUGGACCACCCAGCAAGCCUACGCCAAUGGCAACCACUCCCACUUUGCCAUCACUGUACCCGAGACUCCUGCAUGGCCCCACGAGGUACCAUUGCACUUUAUCCACGAGCGCGCCGAUUAUGAAGAAGCUCUGCCCUUGUUGCUGCUGCAUGGGUGGCCCUCCACCUCUAUGGAAUGGCAUAAGGUUAUCGGCCCGCUCGUGUUCCCGGACAAUGCCUCCUUCGCAGGCCACCACGUAGUCGCCCCAGAUCUCCCUGGAUUUGGGUUCAGUCCCGCCGUGGCACACGCUGAAUUUGAUGCCAAGGCGAUCGCCGGUGUCAUGGACGAACUGAUGGGGCGGCUCGGCUACGACCGCUACGGCAUUGUGUCCACGGACUUGGGCUGGUGGGUCACAAUGAAGAUGCUCGAGGUGGUUCCGUCUGGACGCAUCGUCGGUCAUUUCUGUGACUUCUUCCUCGUCCAGGCGACCGCGGAGGAUACUGAGAGAUACAUGAAGAACCAGACCACGCCUGAGGAGACACGAUACAUGGCCAGCAGCAUGGAGUGGUACGCCCAACACACAGGGUACCAAUAUGUGCAACAGCUACAGCCGCUCGCCGUUGGUCAGGCCUUCUCAGACUCACCCGUGGGAUUCUCGGGCUGGAUUUGGCACCUCCUUGAGAGCGUCAGCGACGGCUACCCAUACAAUUUCGACGAGAUUAUCACGACGGCCGUCUCCCUGUUCGUUCAAGGAACGUACGGAAAUCUGCGGUACUACAAGUACGCCUUUGAUGUAUGA